AUGGCUCCUACUUUAAAGAAAACCCAAGAUGGCUACUCAUGGACGGGCGCCACAGGAGUGCGCAAAGGCGGACUGCGUUGCAGAGGAGUCAUUGAACCCAGCGAGAAAGUCACCACACCAGCUGGAUACAUUCAUGAUGCUAUUGUCAUAGGGGCCGGAUACGCCGGCUUGAUGGCAGCUCGUGAAAUGACCGACCGUGGACUUUCUGUUCUGUUACUUGAAGCUCGCGAUCGUGUGGGCGGUCGUACAUAUACUGUCGACGCUGAUGGCAUUCUUUACGAAAUGGGAGGGACCUGGGUCACUCACCACAUGGCCUUCCUGUUCAAAGAAAUGAUUCGUUAUGGAAUGGAUCGUGACCUCAUAACUACGCAUCAUAGCGGAUUUGACAACGAUUACUAUACGCUGGAUAUCCCCGGGGUAACCCCAAGAAAGCUCUCUCAUGAGGAAGCUGGAAAAAUCGCGGCAAGGGGCUGGGACAUCUUUGUCAAUGUAGACGGAGAGAACUGUCGAAGGAUAUGUCCACUUCCGCAUGCCCAGCUUGAGAACAUUCUCACAGACAGAAAUGAGGUAGAGAGAUACGACAAGAUUUCAUGCCGUGAACGUUUCGAGGCUAUCAAACACUUACUUACAGCCGAAGAGGCGGGAGUGCUUGUUGCUUUGUUGCUCCAUAUCUCGGGUGGCACUAUGGAAAAUUCCAGUCUAUGGGAUAUGAUCCGCUCCCAUGCUCUCAUGUCCUAUAGCUCGGAUAAUUUUGGCCCUAUCUGGACUACUUUCAAACUUCGAGAAGGGCAGUCCGAACUUGCGACUCGGAUGUUCCAGGAUGCAGUGAAGCACGGCCUGCAGUACGAUUUCAAAACCCCGAUCACAAGUAUCAAAGACCAUUCAAACGGACAGACUCAAUUGGUCGAGGUGAGAACUAACUCUGGGGCAAUUCAUCGGGCACGUCGCGUUGUGAGCACUGUUCCUCUCAACGCUCUGCGCACUAUCCACUUUGAGCCUCCGCUCUCACCCAAACGCCAAGAAGCCCUUGAGAUUGGACAUGUGAAUUUCAUGACCAAAAUCCAUGCUGAAGUAGAGGGUCCAGGAUUGGCUUCAUGGAAUGGAGUCAAGUAUCCCAAUCUCCUUAUGUUUGGCUACGGAGACGGUGUCACCGAGAAUGGCAAUGCCCGUAUCGUUGGCUUCGGGAAAGAUGAGAGGGCUACCUACGUUCCCGAACAUCAUCCGGAACGAACUAUUGAUGCCUUUGAGAAAUUACAUCCGAUGACAGUCAAGAAAAUGGUAUUCCACAACUGGGUCACUGACCCUUGGUCUCGGGGUGGUCCAGCCUGGUGGACGCCAGAGUAUAUGACAAAGUACCAGGACGAGCUACAAAGCCGUCAUGGCAAUGUCCACUUUGCUUCGGCAGACUGGGCGAAUGGCUGGCGGGCUGCGAUUGAUGGCGCCUUGGAGCAAGGCUUCAUUGCAGCCCAGGAAAUUGCCAAGGAACUUCGAGAGACUCAGGCUCGCUUCACUGCGAAGAUCUAG